AUGGCCACCGCAGACUCAAAGUUGAAGGCAGCGAUCUUGGUAGUAUCUGAGACUGCUUCCGAAGACCCAUCAACCGAUAAAUGCAUACCAGUCCUCAAGAAGGUCUUCGGAGAUCUCGGAAAUGACCAAUGGGACGUUAACGAGACCGAUAUAGUACCCGACAACGCUCUCGCGAUCCAGAAGACUAUCAAAGGUUGGACUGACAGGCCGGAGCCAAUCAAUCUGAUUGUCACUAGCGGAGUUGCUCUUAUGGCGAGACCUGUUGCUGGAGUUAGAAGAAAGACUUUGAUAUUGACUCUGCCUGGAUCACCGAAAGGUGCCAAAGAGAACCUAGAGGCAGUUCUGAAGUUACUACCACAUGCGUGUAUUCAAGCUGCCGGUGCAGAGUCGAGACCGCUGCACGUCGGUGGUGUAGAGAAGCUCGAAAAAGAUGCGGGUGUUUCUUCGGGUGGCGCUACUGCAGUACAGAAAGUGCCAGUAGACAUGAGACUUAGUGGCUCAGUCCUUGCCGAGGAUGUGAAAGCCACUGAGUCUGUUCCGGCCUUCAGAGCCAGCAUCGUCGAUGGAUAUGCGGUCAAGAUUCCAGCGACUGGCAAGUUCGAAAAAGGAACUUACCCUGUUUCAAUCAUAUCUCAUGCACAGCCUGGCGAGGUCAAGGAGUUGAAAGAAGGGGAGAUUGCCAGGAUUACGACUGGCGCCCCGCUUCCACCCGGUGCUGACGCUGUGGUCAUGGUUGAGGAUACAGUAUUGAAGAGCUUGACCGAUGAUGGCAAAGAAGAGAAAGAGAUCGAGAUACUGACGGAUGAGAUCAAGCCGAACGAAAACGUACGAGAGGUUGGCAGCGAUGUCAAAGAGGGCGAGAUCAUCCUGAAGAAGGGCGAAGGUGUUACAGUCGUGGGUGGCGAGUUUGGCCUCCUUGCGUCUGUGGGUACGACAGAGGUGUCGAUCUACAAGAAGCCUGUCGUUGGUGUCCUAAGUACAGGAGACGAGAUCAUCCCACACAACAGAGAGGGCCCGCUGCGACUCGGAGAAGUGCGCGAUACAAACCGUCCCACUCUCAUCACUGCCGCACGAAGCCAUAGGUUCGAAGUCAUCGACCUGGGUAUCGUCUCAGACAAACCCGGCACUCUUGAGCAGAGUCUCCGAGACGCGAUGCGCAAGUGCGACGUUAUCAUCACCUCUGGUGGCGUCUCGAUGGGCGAACUCGACUUACUCAAACCAACCAUCGAGCGCUCUCUCGGCGGCACGAUCCACUUCGGCCGUGUCAACAUGAAGCCAGGUAAACCCACCACGUUCGCCACUGUGCCCGUCAAGGACAAUGAGGGAAACCCUGUCACCAAGUCGAUUUUCUCGCUUCCUGGCAAUCCAGCUUCAGCCGUGGUGUGUUUCCAUCUCUUCGUUCUACCUGCAUUGCACCAGCAAGCUGGAAUUAAGCCACUCGGGCUACCAAGAAUCAGGGUUAUACUGGAUGAGGAUGUGAGGAUGGACAAGGGUCGUCCAGAGUAUCACCGUGCGCUCGUCGUGACGAAAGAAGAUGGGUUGCUAUACGCCAGCUCAACAGGCGGGCAGAGGAGUAGCCGCAUUGGCAGCUUCAGAGGUGCGAAUGCGCUGCUUUGUAUGCCACAAGGCGAAGGUAGCCUGAAGAAGGGAGAGAAGGUCGAGGCACUGCUCAUGGGGAAGUUGGGUGAAGUUGAGCGAUGA